AUGGAGACACCGGGCAAUAGGGGAUCAUGGGGCCCCUGUGUCCUUGCCCAAACUCAAAAAAGCAUAUGAAAAAGCUGGACCAAUGUAUCUAUACAAUAAAGACCCUACCUCGAGUUAAGCUUUAAAACUGUUGUUGCAACUUUUCAAGGCAACAUUAAAGUUUGCCCCAACCAGGGGCGGACUGACAACUCAUGGGGCCCCGGGCAAUAGGGGAUCAUGGGACCCCUGUGUCCUUGCCCAAACUCAAAAAAAGUCUAUGAAAAAGGUACCAGGGGCAUCUCAUGGGACCCCCUACUGACCCCCGACCCUCGGGCAGUGCCCGAGUUUCCAAAUGGUCAGUCCGCCCCUGGCCCCAAC